CAUAGACGGAGAAGUGGGUGGGCGCGAGCGCGUAGAGCGUGCACGCGCCAAGCCAAGCCAGUGCGUACAUGUGUCGCAGGUUUUAAAACUCAGAAAGAGCUGGAGCAGCGGCAGACCUGGGGGUGCACCAAGAGUACCCGAGGGUUUAAAUCCUAAAAAAGAAAACACUCCAAGAGUGUGCGCAGAAUAGUUAAGUGAUAUUUCAUCACCUGAAGAGAAAUAACGGGAGAGAUUAGAAACUGUUUGCUGCACUGGAUGCUCUCAUGAACAUGGAGCUGUCAUCAAUAGGAGAGCAAGUGUUUGCUGUGGAGUCAAUCACGAAGAAGAGGAUAAGAAAGGUACAGCACUUGGGAACCAGAGGACAAUAUACUGGACCCUCGUCUUGUCCUCGCCUAUGAAGAAAAGUAAGUCGCACUCUGAUGAGGAGAUGAAUAUGCUGGAGGCAACGGGAUGUUCUUUCCUUUCCAUCUCCCAAAUCCUUUGCAAAUCUCUCUUUCUAACAGAGAGGAGAAGGAAAGAGCUCUGGCUUAUAAGAGGAAGGGCUUGAGACCUCGUCGAGUUAUUCUGCGGAGCAUCUACCCAAUGGACCUACGAAGUAAACACAAGGUUCCAGAUAAACCUACCCCGAGAAUCCGCCUGUCACUCACCCGCUCCAUGGGGACGGAAAUAGACCAGAAUGGGCGGCGCUACCGUCCCAUAGAGAAAUACAAGAACAGGCAUUGCAGGUCCAAGCUCAUGAAUGACAUCAAACCAUCCCAGUAUUCACUUCCUGCAAAAGACUCCGAGAAAGAGUGGGAUGAAGACGAUGAAGAUGAGCAGGAGAACAAAGUAAAGAAGAUGAGGGAAAACGAAGAAAAAACAACAGAAGUGCACCAGGACAUUCCAAGUAGUCAAGAGACAACGGAGGGGUACAGCUCUUCGGCAGAAGAUGAAGCUGUAAUCACCAUCAAGGAAACUGAGAACUGCUCUUCCAUUUAUGACCAUGCUGAGAAGCCAAGCGAGGAUACAAGUCAAGUUUUAGGAGCAACAGAAAACAGUACAAUCACUAACACACAAGAGAACGAGCCAGUCACAAACACCACAGGGGGUGAGGACUCCGUACGGGUAUCACAUGACACAACAAACACUGGCCAAUCACUACACAGCACCGAGUCAGGAGCCAAGCAAGUUGUGUUUGACCAAGUACAGAACAGACCUUCGGUUAUCGAGGUACAUUCGAGCACUAAAUGUAGACAGGAAGAGGUAAGAGAAAGUGGUGAGGUAGACCAUUCAGAGGCCAAAGAAAAGGAAGGAAUGGAUGCUGAAAUUACAGCAGAACGCACAUUACUACAGGUCCCAAUUGACCAAUCACAGACUCCCUCCACCACCACAGUGCAUCCUGGGAAAGUCACUGUGACUCAGGUGACGAUAAAUUCCUUGACCGUCACCUUCAAAGAGGCCAUGAGUGCAGAAGGCUUUUUUAGUGGCGAUGGGCUUGAGGUGUAAGUUGACAAAGGAACCCAAGAACAUACAAUAGAUUCAUGUACUUUUAGUCAAGACCAAGUGAAUAAUACAGUUUGCAGUAGUGAAGCAGAUAUUGUCUAUAAAUAUUAUUUUACCUUGUGUCAUUGUGGUAAAAUAACCUUUGAAGGACGACAUUUCUGAUUAUACUCAGUGAUGCUGUAUGCGAAGACUUUAUGCAUGUAAAGCGAAUCUUUGUAUCUGUACCACUACUUUUCCAUCAGCAGCAGUCAUUGACAACAA